GCCCCUUCCAUGCCUCACUCAACAAUACGCAAAGUCACAAAGAUUUAGAGUGAGACCACGUACGAACGAAGAGAAGUGUCCUGGGUGGAGGUUGCUAAUCAAUCGGGAGGGUCCUCACAAACCAAAACAACUUGUUUAGGAGACUACUUUCAUUGUCUCAAACAAACCAUGGCCUCUUCGACGGUUGAUUACGCUGUCAAAGAACUUGCUGAGGAAAACAGUGUAACGGAGUUCUUAACAGCUGCAGAUAUAUUGCUCAAGUUUGCCUCGAAUGUUUUAGAACACCCUCUUGAGUCCAAGUACAGAAGGAUACGAAUUGCAAAUCAAAAUGUUCAAAACAAACUCUUGAACGUGACUGGAGGCAUUGAGUGUCUCUUUGCUAUGGGGUUCCAAGAAGCGGAUGAUGGAGAGUGUCUUCUUCUUCCACAAAAUGCAAGUCUUCAGCAAGUGGGGAAAAUCAAGGCAGAUUUACUCACAGAACGAAACAGAGUGUCAGGGACUUCACAGACAGCCAGUCCCCCUGCCCCGCCUCCUUCCAGUAUAAGUGCUGCCAGUCCAGCUGUUGCUGAGAGCCGAGCCUCAUCGUCAGCUGCAAUAUCUUCCCCGGCUCAACAAAAUUUUAAUAUGUUUGCGGCUUCAGAAAGAGAUUUCCUCAAUCGGAUUAUGGGAGCAAUGAGUCGUGUGCAAAACUAUGAAGUCCAGUCCUCUCAGGAAAGAGCCAGGGCUGUAAUUCCUAUAGAGCGACUUGAGUCGGAAGCAAAAGCCAAACUGGCAUCACUUCAGCAAGAGGGGUCAAACCCAGGCCUCAACGUGGAUCUCCAGGACUGCCUGGUUCUGGCACUGCUACGCUGGUUCAAACAGGAGUUUUUUCACUGGGUGGACACGGUGCCAUGUGAGCUUUGCGGGGGUCAGACCCGUAACACAGGAAGCCUGACACCUGUGGAGAGUGACCUCCGUUUUGGGGCAUCUAGGGUAGAGGCACAUACUUGUGACUCUUGCUCGCAUGUUUCUCGGUUUCCCCGUUACACCAAUGCUGUCAGGUUAUUAGAAACAAGGCGGGGGCGUUGUGGAGAAUGGGCGGAUUGCUUCACCUUAUGCUGCCGAGCUCUGGGGUUUGAGGCCAGGUACGUUCUUGACUGGACUGACCAUGUGUGGACGGAGGUUUUCUCUGUGGCUCAGAAGCGAUGGCUACACUGUGACCCGUGUGAGAAUGUCUGUGACAAACCGCUGCUGUAUGAGUCUGGUUGGGGAAAGAAGCUGAGCUAUGUGCUAGCCUUCUCCAAGGACGACCUCCAAGAUGUGUCGUGGCGCUACUCGGGGAAGCACAGCGAACUCUUGUCAAGACGCAAAGCAUGCCGGGAGUCUUGGCUUCAAAGAACUGUGCAUGGACUGUGGAAGAAAAAGUUGGCUACUUUGCCUGAAGCUCGUCAAAGUGAACUGCGUCUCAGACUAUUACAAGAGCUGGUGGAAUUUUUAACAGUGAAAACAGGAAGUGGAGAAGUUCUCCCUGGUCGAACAACGGGUUCUCUGGCUUGGAGAGAAGCUCGGGGGGAAGUCGGUGAUGGGGCGGCCGCUGCUGCCGCGGUGGCAUCCACCAAGGAUUUUGUCUUCUCUCCAACAGAAUCUGAAAGGGAGUCUGAAAUUAUACAUGUAUGUUACAACUGCGCUGAAGACAAAUAUGUACGCAAAUCCAGUGGAAACGCACAACAGGUUGGCUGGUUGGCUUGCGUCAACUCUUCCUCAAAUGUUGUCAGGAAAGAGGAGCAUGACUGGAAGAUGGUUUACCUGGCGAGACAGAAUGGAGGCAGUAGUGCUGAGAUUUCAUGGAAGUUUGAUGUCACUGAUACUGACUUGAGAAUCAGCAAGAUGGAGCUGAAAGCUUCGACAGCCGUUUACGAGAAUGGAAAGAUAUCGUGGCAGAUAUGUGCAGGAGACAACUGCUUCUCACAAAAUGGGGCAUCUCUACAAGACUUUAUGACCUUUGACCUGCAUGGCACGAAGACACUGACCAUCACAGCAGUCAUGCGCGGCGGCAAGGGUGACGUUGCCUGGCAACACACACAGCUGUUCCGACAGUCGCUGCAGACACAAGGAGAGUUCCCGUUUGAAGUGCGACUCUUUCUCAACUGAGAUUUUUGUGAUAUGGUACCGUAAUACCUUUCUGUGACAUAAUAGUGUAGAACCUUGCUCUGAUAUGGUAGGGCCUACAAUAAAACCUGGCUAUGAUAUAGAUGUAUUUGAUUUGGUACAAUGAAACCCACUAUGACAUACAUUUUUUGGGGGGGGGGGGUUUUAAGGAAGUGACAUUGUAUUAUUGUCUCGGGUGAUAAAAAACCUAACGGUUCAUUGAUCAGAAAGAUUUUUGCUCCGUUCAAAGUUUCAUCGUAGCAUUUGCUUUCUCACAAGCAAAGCUAUGAUGGUUGAACAGAUAUGUGGGCUGGAUAAAUAAGUUGUUGUGUCUAUUGAAAUUGUGAGAAAAAAUAAUGUGUUAUGACACAGUGGAAUUGGUCGCUCAUCAAUUCUUGGACACAUAGAGUUAUUGGUACAAUCUUGAAGUUUGUUCUUUUGUUAAGCUUUUAAAGAAAAAAAAACAACCUACCCAUCUAUUUUGAAUAGAAGUCAAGAUAUUUACUAUUGAAUAAGUGUGGAGUCUGAUGUCAGGUGUAGAGUAAGCAAGAAUGUGGCGGCAAAGUUUGGUGUCCUUGGAAACUGCAAAUUUACUCUUUUCGCAUCAUUGAUCUAGAUCUAGUUUUUAAAAGUAAAACCCAUGUAGAAAUCUUUUUAACCCUUUAUUGAGGGUGUGUUUUUUUUAGAGAGAACAAUGUGAUUCUUGGAGAAUACACUCAUGAGAGAUCUCAACUAACAAAACUGCUGUACAAAAUUUUUAUCUGGGUGUUUUGUAGGGUGGGACUCAUUCUUUGCUAUAUAUCGACAGACCGAAGGGCUAGAACCCAAAUGGCCGCUGGAUCGGAAAAGUAAAGUAAAGUAAGUAGGGUGGGACUCACAAGUCUCAACAUGCAUUUCCAACACCUUAUUGUUCCUGGGACUCACAUGUCCCAUGACCCAAAAAUGGUAAAAACACAACUGUGGGUCAUAAUACCAUUAGGCCGUACAAUGUUUGUUUUAAUUGUGCGUAGGUCCAAUGUCUACUUUAAUACAACAGUGGGCAUUUUGGUAAGUCAAGGGUGACUUUUUGUCCCGAUACCCAACAGAUAGAACAAUACCGCACAACCCGCUGCUAGUAAAUAGUGGGACCCACUUUAUCAACAUUGGCUAUAUAUAUUGACAUAUAUUGACCUCCUGCACUUUAUCAACAUUGGCUAUAUAUACUGAGGUGCAAAAGAAACGCGGAUUUUUAGUACAACACAUUGAUUGACAAAAUGCAACACAUAGGUUUUAAGUUAUUUGUUGUGUUUAUUAGCUGAAACUUUGCACACUUCUUGAGCGACAUAGCUGACAUGAACUGAGGGUCCAGCACUUUCAUCUGAGCUCACGUUGACCUUGACCUUGGUGAGCAAACUUAAUAACGCGUAUGGCCUCCACGUGCAGCGAUUAUAGUGAGGCAUCUUCUGUUCAUAGAGUUAGUCAAACGGUUGAUCUGGCCAUUUUGGAUGCCAUCAAAGAUCUGGAUGAUGGCUGCCGUCAACUGGGCUGCUGUUCGAGGCCGUGGCUGCGUCUGGUUAAGCUGUCUUUGGAUCAGGUCCCACAAAUGUUCAAUAGGGUUCAAGUCAGGUGAGAGAGGUGGGUGUGCCAAUAAAUUGACAUUGUUCUGCGCCAAGAAGUUCUGGAUAGCACGUGCGGUAUGUGGUCGUGCGUUGUCUUGUUGAUACAGGAGUCAGGAAGUCAGGAUGCCUCUGUACAAAGGGCACCACAUGAGAUGCCAAGACUUGUACAAUGUAGCGCUGAGCUGUGACGCCGUUUCCCCUUCGUGGACCAAUGUUCUGAGAGAUGACAGGUCCCACUCCAUGAUUCAAUGCCAUGGCUCCCCAUAUCACCACGCUCUCGCCUACCCAGGGGUCACGCUCCAGAAUGUUGUUAUCGUCAUAGCGAGUCGUGUCUCUACGCCACACACGGACACGGCCGUUCGCUGGAUCGACGCAGAACCUGCUUUCAUCACUGAAGAGGACUCUCCUCCACUGUGCAUUCUGCCAGUUGACAUGCGCCUGUGCCCACUGUAUCCGUUGCUGUGGUUGCCUUGGUGUUAGGACAGCUCCCUGGUAAGGACGCCUGCAGUGAAAACCAGCAGUCAGUAACCUCCAUGACACACUCCAGCGGCUAAGUUGGCUUUCAGUCGUUCCCAUGGUCGUUCUGGCAGUCUCUGCAGCCGGCAGAAACGGAUCACGGCGGUGCCGACGAAUCAUGACACAGUCAUGGGCCGGAGUUGUCCCCGUUGGUCUUCCACUUCGUGGUCGAUCUGCUGUUGUCGCUGUCACUUGUAAUCGGUUCCGAAGGUUAAUAAAUGGUGCUUGGGUGGACACCAAAAACCUGGGACACCUGUUCCACCGACUCACCGGCCGCCAGUCGUCCGACAGCUCUUUCUCUGUUUUCCCUUGAUAACCUUGGCAUGUCUGUAGCUGGUCUGUUUCGAUAUGAAUGCAACAUUUUGAGGCGCAGAUUUUAUAGGCAUACACCCAGGACUGAGUGAGCAUAAACUCACCACUGACAACAAGUUGCAAAUGUGUCCCAGUGAGUUGUGUAUUGCUUACGCAGCCAAUGAUAUCUUUGCAAUGUUCAAAAAUGCCCAAUCAAGACGCUCAAGGCAAGUGUUGAGUGAUAUGAGUUCACAUCACACGACUAUGAACUCAGCAUUGGGUGAUUACUUCAACAUAAAAAAUUGGCGGGUUUUUUUGCACCUCACUAUAUAUUGACAUAUAUUGACAUCCUGCAUACUGACAUUUCAUAGUCACAUUCGUUAAAUAUGUAAAUGGCUAUAUCAACAUUCGUUUAUAUUAACAUAAUUUCCUCAGUCCCGAGCAUGUCAAUAUAAUAAGCAGGUUGUACUCUAUUGACAUACGAGGGACCGAGGAAAUGCCGUCAGCAUAAGCAAAUGUCGCAAUAAGUUUAAGCAAGUACAUUUUAUAAUGUUUGAUCAAGAAAAGGACUUUGAAAUUGUCAAUGUAGGCAGGAUGUCAAACAAGCAGAUAUCAAAAGGCCUAUGGGUGGGUUCUGCUGUAUAUUAUAAUAAUACAAAAUAGCAAAACACUUUUCUUUUACAACAAAAGACCUGUUUAUUUAUCUUAAUGCAAAGAGCAAAUCAGUUCCUGGUAGUAGAAUUAAUUAUGAACGCUUUAUAUUAUAUGAAAUGAAAUGCAGUUAAGGCCUUGUACCAUGGUACGUAUUUUGCAUCCAUAUUACGUAUGUAUUUUAUGCAGGUAAAAUAUGUACGAAAAUACGGAUCCCACACUAUUUCCUGUAAUCAGUUCCAUGCGAUACGUAAUAUGUAUUUAACGCGUUCAUGGUUUUUAAAAUAUGAAUCAAGCUGCGAAUUUUGAUGAGAAUACAUACCGAUGCCCCCAUGAUCAGACCUCAUAAGUGCCAGAGAGAUUUUUUCCUGGAGGAAAAAAAAACCCAACUAAUUUUUGUUAAAACAGUGUUGUCAGACCUCUCCAAUUUCACGUAAAACCAUUCAAAAUAGUGACUAAGUGAGGGUUCGUUACUUUUUAAAAACAUAUAUUGAUUUUCUUAUUUUAUGACACUUACAAGGAAUGAUUGCACUGCCAUGGUUAUGAUCAUACCUCGUAAGCAACGGCUAUAUCGUUUAUGAGGUUUGAUCACAGUGAAAUGUUGGUGAAGUGAAUACUGGUAAACGACAAUAUUAUCGUAUGACAGAAGGACUGUGUAGCGUAUAGUGUGUUAUUAUACAUUGUAUCUUGUAGAGUAGAGUUAACUAGCAGAGCAGUCAGUUGUUGUCAAAAGAAGAAAUGAAGUUUUCAGUCGAAACCUAUGAGUAUGAGCGUUUGAUCGAGGUGGUUAGAGAAACCCUGUGUUUGUAUAAUGUGUUGCGUCCUUGCAAAUAGCAGGGCCCGCGAAUCCUUGUAGCAUAUCCAUUUAUACUGAGGACAUUCUAAAAUAUUCAGGGUACUUGUUUUCAUCCAGUACUAGUUCUUUCACUUGAUAAUACUCGGCACCAUAUUGUCUUCUCUGUUUUAUAAUAUUGUGGAUCCAAAAUCUAUAUCUUUUUUUUUUGUUUAAUUUCCUAAUUACAGAACCAAGCAAAACAUCUUUUUGAUUUCUCAAAGAGAGCAAUUAUACAAGACGCCUACAUCUAGACAUCUUGUUUCACAACUGGCACAAAAACAUGUUUGUAAUACGUAUGUAGCUUUUUUUUUUUAAGCUUCGGAUGGUGGAAACAAGAAACACAUAAAACGAAAAAUAGGUACGUAAUACGCACAUCCAAAAUAUGCAUCAUGGAACUGCACUUUACUGGUGCUGAAAUAUACUUGGGAAGUGUGCGUUCAAGUGAACCUGAAUUCUACCAAACCCAUGGCAGGACGAAUUUGUCCCACUCGUUUUCUUAUCCGUUGCUGCCUGUCUGCAUCAUUUUCUUACUAAAAGGGUUUAUCUAGGCUAUGUGCACCACCAAAACAUGGAGCAUAAAAAUUAUGAACGACAAUGAGAAUACCAAUACUGUUUAGAUGAGAGGGUAUAUUUUAUUGUUAACUCACCUUGAAUUCUCUGUUUCGGACCCAAGCUGUCAACUUCUACAGUGAGGAGUCCUGUCAUAGAACAAAGGGUUAAGUGAACAUAAUAGGUGUUGAGCCCACCCCCACCUCCCACCCCCAACAAAAUUUCAAUACAAUUUGCCCAAUGGGUGGAAAAAUAUGGGUUUCUUCGAUUUCAUUAUUUUAAAGAGAGCCUGAUUUAACCGCAAUGACACACAAGAGAUUAACUUUUAAAAGGUUUUGUGUUUUUUCUUCCUGGUGACUGGAUGUUCUUUGGUCUUGUUAAAUAAUUUUAGUCCAAAUUUGUUCUGAAUAUAUGCAUAUAUAGAAAUUAUUACCGGUAAUGAGUUUUACUGCAUGUUGACUGUUGCAACAGGUGAUUGUUUUCUUGUAAACAUUAUAUAUAGUAUAGGCCUAUGCAAACCAGCUACUAUGUAUUCGAGAAUGUCAGAGGUGAAUGUUUUUACAAGUGGCAAAAGUCUUAUUUAAAUCAUGUUUUUCGUGGAUUGUGCAGUAUGAAUGUGGCUAAAUUUAUAUUAUGAGAGAUGAAGCUUUAUUUCCUUAAGUUCAUGCAGUAAAAAUGUGAUUUUGUGAAAUUCUAGGUGGCAAUAUUGGUGAACCCUGUUGAAGAGGCCUAUCAGUAUCAAGCAAAGUCACAAAGUUUAAUUUUUAAAAAUUGUGACAAGGGCUGCCUUUAAUUGAAACAGGUGAAGUGUAGUUAAAUAAAAAGCCCUGAAGUUGAUUGAAGUUCCACUGCUAUGCAAUAACCAGUCAUGCUAUUGGCGUGUUUGAUUUUUUUUUUUUCUGUUUUACUGGAAUCCUGCGAUAUUAUACUGUAAAUGUUUAUGUGUAUAUAUAUUAUACACAUAUAUGUGUCCACCAUUGUGAACCAGUGCCCUAUGAGUAUGAAACCAAAGAGGAUUGUUUAGUCCUUUUGUGUCCUCUCUCUGUGAUGGCUGAAUUUGGGGAAAAAGUCUGUCCGUUCCAUUUUAGAAAAAAACAUAUUCUAAAUGUACAUGAUCAUGAAGGAAGCUCAUUCCAUGUAGAUCUAUUCGCCCUGAGUUAAGUGGCUGGACAAACAUCAUGUUGAAAGAACUUUCGCAAAGUUGCAUUUACAUGUACUGUAUUAAAAGAUGUUGAACAUGU